AUGCAUGAUAGACUUCUACACGACGACAAGCGGUACAGUAAGCCCACGACGGCAACUGAGUCCGCGAAGCCGACGAUCGAAAUGGCAGCGACGCAGAGCUGCAAUACGCAUACGAAAACGGCUAGAAAGGUUCUAUUCCGGUACGUGCCGGUGACUAUCUACGGCAAGGGGAAGCAAGUGUCUACGUACGCGUUCCUCGACGAUGGAUCGUCGUCAACAUUGAUGGAGCAUAGUUUGCUAAAGGAGCUAGGCCUUAAAGGAACGCCAUAUCCAUUGUGUCUCGAUUGGACGGGCGGUCACAAGCGACAUGAAAAUGAGUCGGUUAUGCUAGCACUUAAGAUUUCUGGCGUGUCCGACACGAACGACGUUUUCGAGCUUUCGGAAGUUCAUACAGUCCGAGAUCUCUCUCUCCCGAAGCAGUCGGUGUCAAUAUCUCAAUUAGCGACUAAUAUGGAUAACUGUCGGCUUGGGCAUGCGUCGAGAAGCAUAGAAGGAAGCGAGAAUGAACCGGUGGCCUCAAAAACUCGCCUGGGAUGGAUGGUAUAUGGUCCCUGUUCUAUAGAGUCUGGAACAAUAAUCUCCAGUAACAGCGGCCAUCACAGUUUCCACAUCUGUGCAUGCGUCAAUGAGGAAGACAAGGAUCUGAAUGCAGCCAUGAAGGAGUAUUUUUCGAUCGAGUCGCUGGGUGUCUCUGCUGCAUCUAAAUCACUACCAUCAAAAGAUGAGGAGCGUGCUAUGCAAAUUUUGUCAACUGAAACUCGCUUGAUAGGAAAUCGAUAUGAGACCGGCUUAUUGUGGCGAUACGACCAAAUUAUGUUACCAUGCAACAGAGGGAUGGCUAUGAAUCGACUGGCAUGUCUGCAGAAGCGUUUACGGAGAGAUCCAGAAUUGGCUGUAGCAAUGCAAGCAAAGAUGUCCGAAUACGAGAGGUUGGUAUCGUUGCUCACCGUUUUGUACAAAUUCCGCGAGUUUCGUGUCGCUAUUGUAGGGGACAUCCGGGAAAUGUUCUUUCAAGUCCAGAUGAAGAAACAGGACCAGCGAAGUCAGAUGAUUCUGUGGCACAAUGGAGAACCAGAAAUUGAACCCGAAGUGUACGCGGUGGCGGUUAUGACAUUCGGAGCGGCGUGCUCCCCGAGCUGUGCACAUUACGUGAAGAAUCUGAAUGGCAAAAGAUUCGAAAAGCAGUAUCCAAGAGCUGUCGAAUGCAUCAAAUACGAACAUUACGUCGACGACAUGCUAGCGAGUCUUGAAACCGAACAAGAAGCAGUGAAGCUUGCUAAGGAAGUACGAUUCAUACAUUCUUAG